AUGGAUGUCAGCGGAUUCGGUAUUGCCCGUGAUGUGCGCAAGCAAACAUCUGAGAGCUCGGAAUUUCCAACGCUAUGUGAGACCUGUCUUGGGCCUAAUCCUCUGAUACGGAUGUUGAAGGAACGCUGUGCGAAGGAAUGCAAAAUCUGUGAACGGCCUUUUACAAUGUUCAGGUGGAAACCGGGUCCUAAGGCGCGUUAUAAGCAGACAAUAAUUUGUCAAAAUUGCUCUAAAAUAAAAAACGUAUGCCAGACAUGUCUCUUCGACCUUGAAUACGGUUUGCCUGUACAAGUGCGCGACGAAUUUUUGAAGAAUGGCAUAGAAUUAGCAGAGGCGAAAGCCAAUCUAAAUCACCAGUUGGGCAAGUUAGAAAAUGGUACACUCGAGUUGCCUCGCUCCGAGAAUAACCCUAUGUUGGAGAAGCUUGCGCGCGUUGCCCCGUAUUAUCGCAGAAACAAACCACGCGUGUGCACAUUCUGGUUACGCAAUGCUUGUAACCGUGGCGAAGAAUGCCCCUAUUCGCACGACAAUGACGAUCUGCAUUAUCACGAUGGGGCGCUUGCAAAACAAAAUAUUAAAGAGCGCUUCCACGGCAAGAACGAUCCUGUUGCGGCAAAAAUUUUGAAGCGCAUAGAGGAUUCAAAGAAGUCUUCAAGUGAAGAAGAACCGAAUACGCAGGUGAAAGAUGGAAUUUAUCCAUCGAUGCUUCCUCACGAAGCGCAGCGGCGGCGUUGA